AUGACGCUUCAUCGCAAAACCGUCAUCGUCACAGGCGCGGCAGGUGGACUCGGUCGUCAAAUCGCACUAACAUACCUCCAACGAGGUGCCAACGUCGUCAUCUGCGAUGUAAACGAGGCCCGUCUCACUGCUGUGUGCGAAGAACUCGCCUCCGUGUACCCCGGCAACGUGGUCUUUCACAUCACAGACGUCACGGAUGAAAUCGCCGUUCAACAACUCAUCGAAUCUACAGUUCAAAGAUUCGGCCGGGUAGACGUGGUGGUCAACAAUGCCGCCGUGAUGGAUACCUUUGACCCAGCUGCCACAUGCACCAAGAGCCUAUGGGAUUCAGUGAUCGCCGUCAACCUCACGGGUCCGUUUUUGGUCACAAAACACGCCGUGGCGCAGAUGGAGAAGCAAGAACGACAAGGCGGACUCAUCAUCAACAUUGGCUCGAAUGCCUCGUUCAAGGGAUUGGCCGGGGGCAUCGCGUAUGUAGCAUCGAAGCAUGGCAUUGUGGGCGUGACGAAGAACACGGCCAGUUUUUAUGGGAAGAAGGGCAUUUAUUCUGUUGCCCUGUUACUCGGAUGUAUGACGGACACGAAUAUCGGAGAUGCGUUUGCGCAGGGUUUGAACCACGAGGGGUUGGGGAUGAUGCAGACGACGCAGCCGGCGAUGGAGGCUGUUCCGACAGAGCAUGUGGCGAGGUAUGCUGCGUUUUUGAGUGAGGAGGGUAUCGCAAAAAGUGCAAACGGAAGCUGUAUCGUGAUUAACGGGAAUUGGCCAGAGGCAUGA